CGCGAGCAACACCAACAGUAUGUUCGAAUUUCAGGGUUCCCCGCGUUCACGGCGGCUGCGGCCGCUGCGGCGGCGGCAGCGCAGAAGACGAAGUUCACCAGCACGGACAAGCAGAUCGAGGGUCCCGAAGGUUGCAACCUUUUUAUCUAUCAUCUGCCGCAGGAGUUCAGCGACACAGACCUCAUCUCUACCUUUUUGCCCUUCGGCAACGUCAUAUCCGCCAAAGUUUUCAUAGAUAAGCACACGCACAUGAGUAAAUGCUUCGGUUUCGUAUCGUAUGCCGUCUUCUGCUUG